AUGUUCUUUGAUACGGCAACGGCUGCGAACAGCACCGAGAAUACCAUGUCCAAGAGUGCUUACCAAUCCAUCGACUCCAUUGUCAUCAUUGCAUUGAUCAGCUGCGUGGUCUGCUACGCAAUGUGCGCCGCUCAAUUUUUCAAGUCUCGGCGCAUGGAACGCGCGGCGCGCCGCUUGAGAAUUGUCAAAGACUCUUUAUCUCACGAGGUCAGCCUGACGUUUGUUGCCUCUUUGGAUUCAGACUCAGUCACGCUCAGAUUCAACGCACUGGGUCAUUCAUGCCCAGAUACUUUAGACAGAGUGUGA